ACCUGGCCACACGUCCGCAGCUCACAGUCACAGCCCUGGGUCAAACCGGUUCCGGUACCACGUGUUCUUCCCUCUCUGACAGAGACGCAGGACGUGCCCACACUGUCUCCGCGAGCUGACAGCGUACAGCAUACCAGACUGUCUGUAUCAAUUAAGCGAUUUGUCUUAUAAUUUGCUAAUGAACUGAACCGCCUGGUUCUACAGGUUCAGAGACUCCUAGCGACCAUACGGCGAGCAGCGGCUGUCGGUAAACUCCCAUCCACUGAUUUCACAGCCUGUCAGCCAGGCCCAGAUUGUGAACUGUGGAAGGAGGUGUAAACUCUGAGGAGUUUUGGGUUUGUCUCCCCAUGACAACGUGUCACCGUAGUGACUGUGGCUCCCACAGUAAUGCGGAGUGGUGCCCCUCUGAAGAUGAGGACGCAGAGCUCUCCGAUAUUGGGCCGUUGCUGACAAAUACAGCUGAAGCUGAGAAAUCGAGAGGUGCAUCAGCAUUACCUGAUGAGGAAGAGGAUGAGGAUGAGGAUGAAGGAGGUUUGCGGGUGGCUACACUGCCCAUGCAGGCACACCAUGCCAUGGAAAAGAUGGAGGAGUUUGUACACAAGGUAUGGGAAGGAUGUUGGCGAGUUAUUCCGUACCAUCUUCUCCCCGACUGGCUAAAGGACAAUGAUUACCUGCUGCAUGGACACCGCCCGCCCAUGCCGUCCUUCCGUGCCUGUUUUGGGAGCAUCUUCAGGAUUCACACGGAAACUGGAAACAUCUGGACGCACCUGCUGGGCUUAAUUCUGUUCCUGUGCUUGGGCACUCUGACAAUGCUGCGGCCAAACGUGUCAUUCAUGGCACCCGUGCAGGAGAAGGUGGUGUUUGGGGUGUUCUUCCUGGGUGCAGUUCUUUGUUUGUGCUUCUCCUGGCUUUUUCACACUGUCUACUGCCACUCGGAAAAGGUCUCCAGGACUUUCUCCAAGUUGGAUUACUCUGGUAUCACGUUUUUGAUCAUGGGCUCAUUCGUUCCUUGGCUGUACUACUCGUUUUACUGCUCUCCUCGGCCGCGGCUCAUCUAUCUCUUUGUUGUAUGUGUGCUGGGUGUCGCUGCUAUCAUUGUGGCCCAGUUGGACCGAUUCGCCACCCCUCGCCACCGGUCCACACGUGCAGGUGUUUUCCUGGGCCUCGGUCUGAGUGGGAUCAUUCCCACAAUGCAUUUUACCAUCACAGAGGGUUUUGUGAAGGCAAUGACGGUGGGUCAGAUGGGCUGGUUCUAUCUAAUGGGUGCCAUGUACAUUAGUGGAGCAGCACUUUAUGCUGCACGGAUACCUGAACGCUACUUCCCUGGGAAAUGUGACAUUUGGUUUCAGUCUCAUCAGAUAUUCCAUGUGCUGGUUGUGGCAGCAGCGUUUGUCCAUUUUUAUGGCAUCUCAAACCUGCAGGAGUUCCGCUAUGGCCUUGAAGGAGGCUGCACAGAUGAUACUCUGCUGUAAAGAAAAAUAAA